UAAACACAAACUCUAUUAGCUCUCUUCAUCAUCCAAACCCAUUAAUACUUUAUAUUAAGCAAAAGAUAGAAAUACAAAGUUGAGAUUAUGGAGGGGCUCUUAAAGUUGUCAACAUUGGUGAUUGUGUGCAUGUUAGUGUCCGCUCCACUGGCGUCCGAGGCAGCAAUCUCGUGCGGUGCAGUGGCCAGUAACUUGGGCCAAUGCAUUAACUACCUUACACGAGGUGGUUUCAUUCCUCGAGGUUGUUGUUCUGGUGUCCAGAGGCUCAACAGCAUGGCUCGGACCACCCGUGAUCGCCAGCAAGCUUGCCGCUGCAUCCAGGGAGCAGCUAGAGCCUUGGGUUCACGACUUAACCCGGGCCGUGCUGCUCGUCUCCCCGGUGCUUGCCGUGUUAGGAUCUCUUACCCCAUCAGCGCCAGAACCAACUGUAACAGGGUCAGGUGAGCAAUGAGAUGAUAGACGUUGAAGAGUUUUCAUAUAGAUAAUCGAUGAGAGAGUAUUAUUAAAACUAAAAUAAGAUGUCACUCGCUGUUACAAGAGUGUACUUCCUUUUACUGUUUUGUGUUGUUUUUAAAAUUUGUAUUUUCAUGUCUUUCUUUAUAAUAUAUGACGGUCCAUUUAAUUGGCCGUUAAUGUUAUGUAAUACUCGAAUUGAUAUAUGGAAUUACGAUAUGUUUUGUUUCCCU